CUUUCUUCGAUCACGCUUUACAAAUUUCAUGUGCUAAAGCCCGCAAAGUAUUUUGUAUAUAAAAGCCUGAAGAGAAAGCAGCCAAGAGAGAAAACCCUCCCUCACAAACAUUAUAUACUUUUUAUUACUAAUCACUACUGUACGUUACAUGCUCCCACAACAACAAUGGCAGCAGCCAUAACCAGAGAUGAAUCCGAUUAUGACAGCAGCUCCUCAUCGAUAACAGUGCCAGACUCCAGCCGGAGCUGGAUGAGCAACCUAAGCUUCGGCAGCCGUCGGAGCUCGGUUUCUGUUUGUUCUGUUGAAACUUACAGCUCUCACAAGCCGCACAAGGCUAACCAGGCUGCAUGGGAAGCCAUGAAGCGCCUCAUGAGAGCCAAAGGUCGAGUUGGGCUUGACCAUUUCCGGCUCCUGCGUAGGCUAGGAAGCGGUGACAUAGGGAAUGUUUAUCUUUGCCAGAUAAGGAACCCUGUAGUUGGGUUGCCUCAGUGUUUUUAUGCCAUGAAAGUAGUAGAUAGAGAAGCGCUUGCUAUAAGAAAGAAGUUGCAGAGGGCUGACAUGGAAAAGGAGAUUCUGGGUAUGCUUGAUCAUCCAUUUGUACCAACUUUGUAUGCAGAGUUUGAGGCUUCUCAUUACUCUUGCUUGGUCAUGGAGUAUUGUCCUGGUGGAGACUUGUAUGCUGCCAGGCAGCGCCAACCCGGAAAGCGCUUUAGUAUUUCAUCUGCUAAGUUUUACGCUGCUGAGACACUUUUAGCACUAGAGUAUCUGCACAUGAUGGGCAUUGUUUACAGAGACCUGAAACCAGAGAAUGUCUUGGUUAGAGAAGAUGGGCAUAUCAUGCUUUCAGAUUUUGAUCUUUCCUUCAAAUGUGACGUUGUUCCAAAGCUUGUAAGGCCUAAAACCAACACGGAAGAUACUGAAAAGUACGACAAGUACUGCUUGACUCCGUCAUGCGCUACACCCAUGCAACCAGUGCUCUCUUGUUUCUCAUCUUCCAACAGGAAAAAGAAAACUGCUACAGUAACAACAAUCACAGAACAAGCUGAUAAUUGCCGAGAAGUUGAUCCAGAAUUGGUGGCUGAACCAAUCAAUGCUAAAUCCAAGUCCUUUGUUGGAACCCACGAGUACUUAGCGCCAGAAGUAAUCUCAGGGCAAGGCCAUGGAAGUGCUGUAGAUUGGUGGACUUUUGGGGUGUUUUUGUAUGAAAUGUUGUACGGGAGAACACCCUUCAAAGGCGAAAACAAUGAGAAAACAUUGAUUAACAUCCUUAAACAACCAUUAAACUUCCCAAGAAUCAGUGUUAAUAGCGGUAAAGAGUUUGAAGAGAUGGUCAAAGUUCAAGAUCUUAUCAGCAAGCUCCUAGUCAAGAACCCCAAGAAGAGAAUUGGAAGUUUGAAGGGCUCUGUCGAAAUUAAGAGGCAUGAGUUCUUUAAGGGAGUGAAUUGGGCUCUGAUUAGAUCAAUCAGGCCACCUGAAGUCCCUAGUGAUCUUUACAAGAUUAGGAGUAGUAGAGCUCACAUACCAAAGCUAAGCAAAGAGGAAAGAGAUGCCCCAUAUCAAAUCCCUCAUCAAUUUGACUACUUCUAACUGUAAAAUGUAAAUAAAAAUAGGCAAAAACAGGAAGCAAAAGAAAAAAAAUCAUG